AUGGAUAAAAGUUGGUUAUUGAAUCGAAGUUGGAUACAUGAAUCACGCUUAAGUUGGAAGUAUGAGACAGGAGUGGAAUACUUUAUUGAAUAUGUAAUACAGAAUGCUAAUAAUGAUAUGAAUGGGAAAUUUUUCUGUCCUUGUGUUAAUUGUUGUAAUGGAAGUCGUCUAGAACUUGAUGUUAUAAAGGAACAUCUUCUCUGUGAUGGUUUUCUUAAGAAUUAUACACGUUGGAUAUGGCAUGGUGAAAAUAUUGACAUUCCAACUGUCUCAAUUGAAACUCCAACUCAAACUUUUACACAAGAGAUAGAUAUGGAUGAUCAAUUAGAGGAGAUGAUUCGUGAUGUGGGACCAAAAUCAUUCAAGCGAGCACAUAUGUAUGAAUCUUUGUGUAGUGAUUCGGAGAAGCCGUUGUAUCCAAAUUGCACGAAAUUUACAAGAUUGUCAGCGAUAUUGAGAUUGUUCAAUCUGAAGGCAAGAAAUGGGUGGAGUGAUAAAAGCUUCACAGAAUUGUUAGAACUAUUGAAAGAAAUGCUUCCGAAGGGUAAUGCAUUGCCUAGUCGUAACUACGAGGCAAAAAAGGUGUUGUGUCCUAUGGGUUUGGAGUAUAAGAAGAUACAUGGGUGCCCAAAUGACUGUAUGUUGUAUCAUGGUGAAUAUGAAGGGUUGCAUCAGUGUCCAAAAUGUGGGUUGUCACGAUAUAAAAAAAAGCAAGAUGAUUCUGAUUAUGAUGUGAGCACUAAGGGUCCUCCAGCUAAGGUUUUAUGGUAUUUACCAAUUGUUCCGAGAUUAAAACGUCUUUUUGCUAAUGCGGAUAACGCAAAGCUAAUGAGAUGGCAUGAAGAUGAGAGGAAGUGUGAUGGACAACUUAGGCAUCCAACAGAUUGCUUACAAUGGAAAAAAAUUGAUUCUAUGUUUCCACAUUUUAGCAAGGAGCCAAGAAAUGUUAGGCUUGGACUAGCUACGGAUGGAAUGAAUCCGUUUGGUAAUUUAAGCACUAAGCAUAGUUCAUGGCCUGUUUUAUUGGUAAUUUACAAUUUACCUCCUUGGUUGUGUAUGAAGCGCAAAUAUGUGAUAUUAUCUAUGAUGAUUUCUGGUCCAAGGCAGCCCGGAAACGACAUUGAUGUCUAUUUAACUCCAUUGGUUGAAGACUUGAAGAUGUUAUGGGAGAAGGGAAUUGAUGUGUACGAUGGGUAUUCAUGUGAAUCAUUCAAGUUACAUGCCAUGUUAUUUUUCACAAUCAAUGAUUUUCCAGCAUAUGGAAACUUGUGCGGGUAUAGUGUUAAAGGGCACAAAGCUUGCCCUAUAUGUGAAGAGGACACUUGUUACCAUCAACUAGUUAAUUGGAAGAAGACAGUUUACCUUGGUCAUCGAAGAUUUCUUCAACCUAACCAUCCAUAUCGAAGGUUAAAGAAAGCUUUUAAUGGAUGUCAAGAAUAUGGCAUAGCACCUACUGCAUUAACCGGUGAGCAAGUUUAUGACCGGGUAAAGAAUUUAAAUGUGGUACUUGGAAAGUCGAAAAAACAACCCAAAGAAAAAAACAUAUGGAAGAAAAGGUCGAUAUUUUUUUAUCUUCCUUACUGGAAAGUUCUUGAUGUUAGAGAUUGCAUUGAUGUCAUGCAUGUUGAGAAAAAUGUAUGUGAUAGUGUAAUUGGCACACUUCUCAAUUUAAAAGGUAAGACAAAAGAUGGACUCAAAUCUCGUCUAGAUUUGCAACUCAUGGGAAUACGAGAACAAUUGUAUCCCCAACCUAUGGGUAAGCGAACAUAUUUGUCCCCUGCAUGUCACACAUUGUCAAAAAAGGAGAAAAUAAGUUUUUGUGAGUCCUUACGUGGUGUCAAAGUGCCGUACGGUUGCUCUUCCAAUGUAAAAAGUUUAGUAUCAAUGAAAGAUUUGAAAUUAGUUGGCUUGAAGUCUCAUGAUUGCCAUGUACUAAUGCAACAAUUUCUUCCUAUCGCUAUACGUGAUGUUUUACCUAAAAAUGUGAGACAAGUCAUAAUCAGACUUUGUCUAUUUUUCAAUGGCAUUUGUAGUAAAGUAAUUAAUCCUCAAAAGUUGGAUGAUUUGGAAAAUGAAGCUGUUUUAAUAUUGUGUCAAUUGGAGAUGUAUUUUUCUCCUUCCUUUUUUGACAUUAUGGUUCACUUAAUCAUCCACUUGGUUAGGGAGGUUAGGUUGUGUGGUCCUGUCUUUUUGAGGUGGAUGUACCCAGUUGAGAGAUACAUGAAGAUAUUGAAAGGGUAUGUGAAGAACCAACAUCGUCCAGAAGCAUCCAUUAUAGAAAGGUACAUUGCAGAAGAAGCAAUUGAGUUUUGUACUGAAUACAUGUCUCAAGCUGAAUCAAUAGGCAUUCCUAAGACCCGUCAUGAGGGACGAACUGCUGGGAAGGGUACAAUAGGCAUAAAAUUGAAAAGCAUGAUGCGAGAAGAAGUGCUUCAAGCACAUUUGUAUAUAUUGAACAACACUGAUGAGGUUUUACCUUAUUUAAAUGCCCACAAAGACUUAGUGAAGACAAACAACCCUCGAAUGCCUGAAAAAUGGGUGUUGAAUGAGCAUAACAAGACUUUCAUAGAGUGGUUUAAAAUGAAUGUUGGGACAGAUUUAAGUGUUUCUGAAACUUUACAACGCUUAGCUCAAGGACCUACCUUUGAUGUGUUUACUUUCUGUGGAUAUGACAUUAACAACUACUCCUUUUAUACAAAGGCACAGGAUGACAAGAGUACUAUGCAAAAUAGUGGGGUUAUGAUAGUUGCUCAAUCUAUGCAUUUCUCAACAAAAAAUGAUAACAACCCUAUCACAGCUUUUAUGUGCUACUUUGGAGUUAUUGAAGACAUAUGGGAGGUCGAUUAUGGUCCAUUUCGAGUACCUGUAUUUAAAUGCAAGUGGGUUGAUAGUAAUAGUGGUGUCAAAAUUGAUAAACUUGGAUUUACUUUGGUCGACCUUAAUAAAGUUGGUCAUAAAGAAGAGCCUUUCAUCAUGGCUUUCCAAGUAAAGCAAGUAUUUUAUGUCACCGAUCCAUCUAAUAAAAGGUGGUCAAUUGUUCUACAGGGUAGAAGUAACAAUGUAAAUGAAGAAUUUGGAGAUUUAAGUAAUAUAAUUGAUACUCAUUCCUUGUCAACACGUGUGCUAACUUUUAAUGAAGAUGAUGUGGAUGAUGUAUAUGCCACUCGUGAGGAUCAUCAGGAAGGAAUAUGGGAGAACAAUGAAACUUGA